AUGGACGGGUUAGCUGAGGAUGAAUCUUGCCGGUGUCGACCGCUCAAAAGUGUGCAAGAAGAAGAUUCUUUGCUUGUACAGUCCAAGCCUAAAAGUACACAGUAUAAAGACAAGUGGGCCGUUGAGGUUUUCAGAACUUGGCAAGCAGCGCGCGAGCAAAAAUUCUGUAUACUUGACGCGGGAAGUGUGUUCAAAGAUUAUGAUGUUCACCGUGUGCAAAGUCUCGAAGAGAAGUUGGAGGACCUAGAUAGUCUUUCCCUAAACUAUUAG